UUUCGCAAACGGGCGUCAAUCUGAGCAUGAAGUCCAGAUGCAACCAAUUGACAUCCAGCCAAGAAUCAUGUUUGUCACUAAAACUAAGACUCCCCAAAUCUCAAAGAUGGCGAAGAUCCCGGCAAAUUUGGCCGGACAUUCAUUGUUCAGAAGCAGCUUCCAGCCGCAUGUCACAUCUACUACGAGUAAGUUCGCGCCUGGGGAAAUUUUGAAGGGCAAGAUUCGACCAAGGCAUUUAUCUCUUACAGGGGGAGGUAGCAAUGAAACCCAAUUGUCAAGAUUCUUUCCAACAUCUUCUCUACGUCCAACACCAUGAGGAUGCUGAAACAAUUUCAAACUUGAUUUACUCGCUUGUAUACAUUGUACCAUGAUAUCAAACUUUGGAUUUUCAUUUAAUAUUGCUCAAAAGUUUGAUUGAAGUACUUGCUUUCCCAU